CGGGCUAGUAAACGCUCCCGAUGGUACCCUGCUCUCCCAUAUCUCACGCUCUGCUCGCUAGUGGCCUCCUCGCCUCUCCAUCGGAAGUUCAACGAGCUCGCGAGAUCCAUUUUUCCGUCAAUUCCGCGGUCGAUCGGAGUUCACAGGACAUCAAUAACUGACACUGUGUCUUUUGAAGCCGUUGUUUUAUUGAGCCUACUGUUGUUAGCAGCCUUUGGGAUUCAACUACCACUGGAAGAUAUCAUCGACUUUAUGGUCCAAUGAGGUUCAAUAUAUGAUGGUUGAACAGGUGUUGUUGCCCCGGCACCGGUUACCUGAAAAUUAUGCCUGCUCCACGCCACAGAGCCCGCUCAAGAAGGCCUCUAUGGAUCAUUGCCAUGAUAUUGUUGGUCUGCACGAUGCUAAUUGUGCUAUAUGUUUAUCCACCCCAGCGUUAUUCAGCAUGCUACUUGAUGUCUUCCCAUGUCUGUAGCCCUUUGAUGGAGUGGCUUCCACCUGUGCGCACUAGGGUUUAUUCUGAUGAUGAACUUGCUGCUCGUGUUGUGAUUAGAGACAUUCUAUCAGCACCAGCUGUGGAGUCAAAGAAUCCUAAAAUCGCUUUUAUGUUCUUAACAGCAGGUUCACUGCCCUUUGAAAAGCUCUGGGAGAAGUUUUUCCUGGGUUAUGAAGGUAGAUUCUCUAUUUAUGUGCAUGCAUCAACAGAAAAACCAGUACAUGUGAGUCCUUUAUUCAUUGGCACGGAUAUCCAUAGUGAAAAGGUGGCCUGGGGAAAAAUUUCAAUGGUUGAAGCAGAAAAGAGGUUAUUGGUAAAUGCACUUCAAGACACUGAUAAUCAGCAUUUUGUGUUGCUCUCUGAUAGUUGUGUGCCACUACACAAUUUUGAUUAUGUAUAUAACUAUCUGACGGGAACAAAUAUCAGCUUUAUUGACUGUUUUGAGGAUCCUGGCCCUCAUGGAACAGGCAGAUAUUCUGAAAAUAUGUUGCCUGAGAUUGAAAAAGAAGAUUUCAGGAAGGGUGCACAGUGGUUCUCAAUCAAGCGGCAACAUGCUUUGCUAAUUCUGGCUGAUGGUGUUUACUAUACAAAAUUCAAGCUUUAUUGCAGGCCUGGAAUGGAAGGACGCAAUUGCUAUUCUGAUGAGCAUUAUCUGCCAACUCUUUUCCAUAUGGUUGAUCCUGGUGGAAUUGCGAAUUGGUCAGUUACCCAUGUAGAUUGGUCUGAAGGAAAAUGGCAUCCAAAGGCUUAUAGGACUCGAGAUGUUACCUUUGAGCUCUUGAAAAAUAUUGCAUCAAUCGAUGAGAGCAUUCAUGUUACAAGUGAUUCGAAGAAAGUAGUUCAGAAGAGACCUUGUCUAUGGAACGGGGUGAAGAGGCCAUGCUAUUUAUUUGCUAGAAAAUUUUAUCCUGAAGCUCUUGACAAUUUGAUGCAAUUGUACUCCAAUUCCAUUUAAGUGACUCAUGGAGAGAUGCCAAUUGUUGGUGGAGCAUAACUCUUCCACAGCUACCCCCAUACCUAUUGGUCCCAAGUUUUAUGCUAGUCUUAGAUGCAGAACCAUGGAAUCUGGCUUAUUGAAGAAGCAGGCGAUCGUUGGAGCAUGAAGCAGAUCUAGUCCCGUUGACUCCGCCAACUGAAUGCCACCACGAUCACCUCUUGGAGCAGUGAGCUAAGAAAUUUUCUUUUCCUUCUUUACUACACUAAUGGUUUUUUGUUAACUUACUCGUAGCCUUCCAAUCAUUCCUUUUGUGGAUUCUGCUCAUUUGAACAGAAAUUUAUCAGUCUCUAUGAUGCGUGUCAGGUAAUAGCAGCUUUGCAGAUGAGAAGCUACUUUGAAUUAAUGCUCUUCUUAUAAAUAUUAAUAACCAAGCGAAUUACUCUUUGUGUA